AUGACUGUGGUUGUGUACCUGCAGACGAGUCGCCACGUACCAACACAUACAGCCGCUGUGGCCACGUACAAGCGGCCAGGCUACGGGAGUGUCACGUACAGCCCCAGGAACUCUCGUCAAGAGUGUAGGGCAAUGUUUACUGUUGAUAAACAGGAAACUGUGUGGACCUCAGAUACACCCUAUGAGGCUUUACGUCGCCAACUCGCCCCAUUGGUGGAUUUCAAUAGUAGCCCCAAAGGUUCCAAUGUGAGCUCCACGACUGCUGUCUACGAGGGACUUCGUUUAAAACUGAUGAAUGGUUCUAUCCCUUAUGUUCCAUGUCAGAUCCGGAUGUAUGAAGCGAGGGAUGUAGAGGAAUGUAUGACAGCCAGGCGAGCGAGAGGCUUCGGUACAUGGAUAGCUUUCUACGGUGACUCGACUAUGAGGCAAAAAAUGCAUGUACUCCUUAACUUCUUGCCCCCUGGACUCAUCUACUCGUAUUUCCUCAAUGGGAUACAGGUUACUCUUGAGGAGUUUAUCACCAUUGUGGCGCAUCAGCUUGAAUUACGCCCAACCAUCUUUGAGAUACUUGGCCAUCGAGCGAAAGACUUCCCUACAUCACAAAAGUUCCAGCCGACCCUGGACUCCUUACAAGGCAACGACGUCAGUAAUGUUACUAACCAUUAUAAUGGAUUUACCAUCCAUAUCGGAAACAACUUCGAAACUAACAUUAAAAUCGACGCUGAGAGACUCUCUGCACUAUUUUUAACAUCAAACAACGAGCCCACAGAGAAGCAGGAUCAUGGGGCUUACGAAGUACGCGUUACCUUGGUUUGGGCGACGUGUGGAAGUCGUUCGGGUGAGGGCCGAGACAGAGACGCUCCUAAAGUCACCAAGUUACAGGAAUGGGCCCGAGCCGAUGUUAUACCUGAUAUUAUUAUAUUAGGCUUCGGGAAGUGGUUUCUGCAUUUGCGAUACUCCAGUGGCGAACUGGAUCCAUUCACCGAGCUGGACUUUUGGACGAGGCCUCUGGUGGAGCCCUUGACCCUCCUCGCUAAUAGAACGCGGGUUCUUCUUUUGGCUCAAAGCAGAUCGCGGAGCUAUAACUUUGUAAACAAUUAUGUAAGCGGAGAAGACAAGCAAAAAGUGUGGGAUACAAAGCUGGAAACGACAAUCUACUCGGACAGCCUCCCGCUGAUAGACACCUGGUUUGGGGUCUUACUCAGGCAAACGGGAGUGUGGCUGUGGGACUCGACCUUACCCUUCAACCUGGCCAACAUCUUGGAGUGCAGUACACUCAAGGAGAACAACUUCUUCGAUAAUUCUUUCUACACAGGUCGCUGGUGGAUGUGUACGGACGCCAACCACGCCUCCUUUGAGACCAACGCUAAUGAGCUGCAGAUGAUGUUUAACUAUAUGUGUAACAACUACCUGAAGACAUCUCAGCAGUAUUGCUGCUCGGGCAACCCGUCCUUAGGCCAGGCUCGUUAAAGCAUCGGCCGCCCCCGUCCCUCCCGAGACGAUCUGAUCAACUUUAAUAUACUGUGUAUUAAAAAUAGGUUUGUUCUCAUGUGUAAAUUGAUGUAAUUAUUCAUUAAAAUUCUGUGCAUAGUUAGGUGUAGGUUAGGUAAGGUGUUUAGGUUUUGUUGGCGAUUAUUUGUACUUGAAUUACGUGGGUGUGUUAUUUCAACCCGUACUCAGACCAAGGGAGAGAUUCAGGAAGCAGUUACGCAAGCACUUACGAACCUGUCCAUCU